AUCCACCCAUCUUCUUCAAUCUUUUUUUUAUUCAUAUAUUUAUGUUUAUAAUAUUUUAUAAAUUAUAAUUUUGUAUUUCGAUUUUCAAAAGCGUUGUGGGUUUGUUUCGGCGUUUUGGGGUCUGUAAUCUGUGUGUUCACAUUGGUGAGUCAAACCUGUAAUCAUGGACUUCCAAGGGAAGAUGAAGAUGAAGAAUUAGCAACAAAACCCUCACCACAAUUCCAUUUUUCCAUUUUUAAACCCUUUUUUUUUCCCUCACCAAACCCGUAAUUCAUUUCGUUUCUUUCAAAUUUCUUGACCCUUCUUCCCCGAUGAAUGAUUCCACCAACGGCGGCGCGAGGAAGAGGAACAGAGGGGAUGAAGCCGAUGAAGACGAUGGUUCAAUCGGAAAAAAUGGCAGAGGAAAGGAGUUGAAGGGAUUGGUUACUUCUCUGUUGCUGUUGGAUGAACAGGAGAAGUAUGAGCAGGAAGAACACGACAGAGCUUCCAUGGAGGCGAAGGUUUCGAUGGAGGUCAAUCACAGGAAGAAGACGAAAGCCAUGGAUGAUUUCUACUCAGAAGCUCAAGAUUAUUACUCUGAAGUCGAAGAGUCCGACCGAUUGAAGCGAAAGAAAUCGCGAUUAGCAGCCAACUCCGUCGCGGUUGCAGCAGCUUCCGAUGGAUUACAGAAGAUCGAAAUCGUCAAAUCAAACAAACGCGGCGGCGAUGGCGGCGGACAUCACCGGAGACUAUGGGUAAAAGACAGGUCAAAAGCCUGGUGGGAUGAAUGUAACAGUCCGGAUUAUCCCGAUGAAGAAUUCAAGAAGCAAUUCCGAAUGGGAAGGGCAACUUUUGAUAUGAUUUGUGAAGAGCUUAAUUCCGCCAUAGCCAAAGAGGACACGACUCUUCGAACCGCCAUUCCCGUCCAGCAAAGAGUCGCCGUUUGUCUAUGGAGAUUAGCCACCGGCGACCCCCUUCGAGUCGUAUCAAAGAAAUUCGGGUUAGGUAUUUCCACUUGCCAUAAACUGAUUCUGGAGGUCUGCACCGCCAUUAGAACAGUGCUAAUGCCGAAGCACCUGCAAUGGCCGGAGGAAGAAACUCUGAGAAGAAUCAAAGAGGAAUACGAAUCAAUUUCCGGGAUCCCUAACGUCGUUGGUUCAAUGUACACCACACACAUUCCGAUCAUCGCCCCCAAAAUCAGCGUCGCAGCUUAUUUCAACAAGCGGCACACAGAGAGAAAUCAAAAAACAUCAUAUUCAAUUACAGUCCAAGGAGUUGUGGAUCCGAGAGGGGUGUUCACCGACGUGUGCAUCGGUUGGCCGGGAUCAAUGCCGGACGAUCAAGUUCUAGAGAAAUCAGCUCUGUUUCAAAGGGCAAACGGGGGACUAUUGAAGGGGGUUUGGAUUGUUGGGGGCUCCAGUUACCCAUUACUGGACUGGGUUUUGGUACCUUACACACAGCAACAUUUAACCUGGACUCAACAUGCUUUCAACGAGAAGAUUGGGGAGAUUCAGAAGGUGGCUAAAGAUGCCUUUGCUCGGCUGAAGGGACGGUGGCGCUGCCUGCAGAAGCGGACGGAGGUGAAGCUUCAGGACUUGCCGGUGGUGCUCGGAGCUUGCUGUGUUCUCCACAAUAUUUGUGAAUUGGGGAAUGAAGAAAUGGAUAGAGAACUCUCAACAGAGCUUCAAGAUGAUGAAAUGGCUCCUGAAGUUGCUUUGAGGUCAGUGUCCUCCAUGAAAGCCAGAGAUGCCAUUGCUCAUAAUCUGCUGCACCAUGGACUUGCAGGGACUUCUUUUCUUUAGCUAAGGAACUCAGAAUCUAAUCGUUUUUGGGUAUCUGUUCGUUUCACAGCCUGAAGCUGUUGCCCAUUUCACUAAUGGGGUUCCUUUUUUUUUUUUUUCCCCCCUCUCUAAAUUAUUUUUUCAUAUGUUCUUGUUAUGAAAUUGAAAUCACAAAGAAAUAUUUGUAGUUUAGAGCCA